AACUGUCUUGUGAAAACAUUUAGGGGUGGUUUUGUUCUUGAGGUGAUGAGUGAAAUGUUCACCAUACAGCAAGUUGAUUUUGGUGUUGAUCCUGACAAGAAUAGUUCUUGUGAGGAUUACAGCAGUGUGGUAGGUGGGACAAUUGCAAAACAAACUCAUUUGGGCGGAGCAGAUGAACUGUUGGAAUCAGGGAACAUCAAUUUGCCAAGGUUUGAGCUUGGACAAUGUCAAGACAACACAACUGUGGAAGAACUUCUGCGAGAUCAGUAUCAACAAGAACUACAGGAAGAAAAGCGAAUCAUGCAUCCUUCACCAGCACUUAAGAUUCUUAAUAGCUAUGGAAGGGGAUUCACUCAGUUGGAUGGAGAAAAGGUAAAGACGCCAAAUUAUGACAUAGAAUGCACUAAGUUGAGUGGCCAAAAAUUAUCAACUGAUGAAAUUCUAAGGUUAGGUGGAGAAAAGUUCAUCCAAUGCUAUUCACAAGCAUCUGAUGAAUUCUUUGGGCUUGAACAUUUCUAUUCUAGUGCAGUUCUAGGCCUUCCUGAUGAGGAAGUUAAUGACAUGGAACUCGUCCAGUGUCUUCUAGCUUCAGCUGAGAAAGUAGGCCAGCAACAGUAUGAACAUGCCAGCAUGCUAAUUAACCUUUCUAAUGGCUCAAAUCUCAAUAGAGGGAGUCCUGUUCAAAGAAUAGUAUAUUAUUUUUUUGAAGCUCUUCAAGAAAAGAUUGAUCGAGAAAUAGGAGGAGCCACAUCGGAUGAUUUGGUAAACAACCAAUCAUCAGACGUUCUAGAGGCAAUGAUGAGCCCGGAUGCUGCUCUCAUUGCUUAUUUCCAAAAGAUACCCUUUAUUAAGGUUAGCCAAUUCAGUGCAGUGCAAGCAAUAAUCGAGAAUGUAGGAGAGGCACAAAAGGUCCAUAUAAUUGACCUUGAGAUCAGGGGUGGGACGCAAUGUACGGUUUUGAUGCAAGGUCUUGCAGCUCGAGUCGACUAUCCCCUUGAGCAUCUCAAGAUAACUGCUAUUGGAACCAGAUCAAAAUCAAAAAUUGAGGAGACAGGUAAGCGAUUGAUGAGUUUUGCCCAGUCCAUGAACUUACCAUUCUCCUUUAAUGUAGUAAUGGUAGCAGACAUGCUAGAUCUCAAUGAAGGACUAUUUGAGCUGGAUGCUGGGGUAGCGGUUGCAGUCUACGCACCAUAUGUAUUAUAUACCAUGAUUCAUAGGCCAGAUAGGUUGGAGUGUUUGAUGAGGGUGAUGAGAAACAUUAAUCCCUGUGUAAUGGUUGUCAUUGAACUUGAGGCAAAACUUAAUUCUCCAGUUUUUGUUAACCGUUUCCUCGAAGCCCUUUUCUUCUAUGGUGCAUUUUUUGAUUCUCUGGGAGAUGUUAUGCAUCAUGAUGAAACAAAUAGAAUGAUGCUGGAAUCAAUAUAUCUUAGUCAGGUGAUAAGGAACAUCGUGGCUGCUGAGGGAGAGGAAAGGAUAUUUCGACACGUGAAUAUUAAGGUUUGGGGGGCUUUUUUUGCCAGAUUUGGGAUGGUGGAGAUAGAUCUGAUCACUUCAUCCCUGUAUCAAGCACAUCUGCUGCUUAAUAACUUUGCUUGUGGAAGUUCCUGCACACUUGGCAUUGAUGGGAAAAGCCUAACGAUUGGCUGGAAGGGAGCACCAAUAUAUUCUAUUUCUGCUUGGAAAUUUCAAUGAAGCAUCCUAAAUCUGGAUUCAUGUCUUAUAUUUAGUCCUCUUUUCUGAAUUUUGUCAAAAGUACUCCAAUAAAUUCUACGCCUGUUUCAGUUGUACAUGUAAGCUUAGGUAAUCUGGAAGCGACUGCAGGAUUUUGUUGUUAAUUGGACUUGUAAUUCCCUUUAGAAUUGCACAUGGCAUAGUUCAUCUUGCAGUCUCUCACUUAAGGAAUCUUAUAUGCAAUUGUUGAUCCUAUGGGUUUUCCC